UAUUUUUACCUCGUUUUUUUAAUGACAUAUAAGUAGCUGAUCUUGAACCAGCCUCUUCAUCCGCAUUAGUCACUUUACACCGUUAAACGCUUGUAUGGAAAACAGAAGAGCUGACCUCAGAUCAGCUGUUAAAACCGUAAUUGUGACGUCGGCGGAAGUUACGGGAAAUGUGAGGAAAGCGGUCCGUCGAUAAACACAGACCGCCGACGUUGCGUACAGAAUAAACAUUAAAUAAUUCAACGCUUUUUGAAAUCAUGCCCUCAGGUAAGAUUAACAGGAGGAGGAAGGAGGAAACAUCCGACGAGGAAGAUGAUGAGACAAAAGCCGUGGUCAGGUCCAAGGUGGAUGAAGCCAAGGAGCUUCAAAGUUUUUCGAAAAAGGCAGCAUGGAGUAAGGUUGUUCUGUUACUUGUAGGAGAGAAGCUUCCUUUGGAGGCUGAGCUUGAAGACGACCCAUUUAAACUUAAGACCGGGGGUGUUGUUGACAUGAACAAAGUGAAAGACAGAAAUCAAGAUAUGACAGCGGAUGAAAACGACCUGAAUCUUGGUACCUCCUUUUCUGCUGAAACUAACAGACGAGAUGAAGAUGCAGACAUGAUGGAGUACAUUGAGACCGAAUUAAAGAAAGGCAUGGUGAUGGCGGAAGGGCAGAAAAUGAAGAAUCCAGAGGACCUCCUGUAUGAGCUUCCAGAGAACAAGACAGAAAAGAUGUUGUCCAAUCAGAUGCUGAGUGGAAUUGUAGAGGUGGAUCUGGGGAUAGAUGCAAAAAUAAAUAACAUCAUCAUUACAGAAGAAGCCAAAGCAAAGCUGCUUGCUGAGCAGAGGAAUAAAAAGGACAACGGGACCUCCUUUGUUCCCACUAACAUUGCUGUGUAUUACAUCCAGCAUAAUCGCUGUUAUACAUAGGAUGUAAACACUCCCCAGAGAUGACACAGAGAAGAACCCAAAGCCAGGCCACUACGAGUAGAAAACACUGAGAAGCCAGUACCUGAGACUUCACCACCCAAUUACCACAAGAGGCCGAAUAAUGAGAAGGCCACAGAUGACUACCACUAUGAGAAAUUCAAGAUGAACCGACGAUACUAAUCCUCCACCUUCGCUACACAGUCACCUAGUUGGACACUUUUUUCCUGUAAAAUUUGAGAUGUAAAUAUUUUAUACUGUAUUUAUAAAUGUGUUCAUAGCUUGAAUGCAGUCAUAAACAUUUUACAAAAAAACUCCCCCCAAAACAUUGGUCAUUUUUGCAAACUUUAUAAAAUAGAAGAACAUUGUUUUCAUAAUAAUGUACUGUGCACCAUUAAUGCAUUAUAAUGUGUUUCAGUCUGUGGAAUAGUCUAAAAUUGAUUUAUCACUUUAUAUUAAUGAAAUUCAUUGUUUUAUUAAAGGUUAUUUUUAUUCUACACAUUUUGAUAAUGAAAUAACAAAGUAAUAUUAUAACCUUUAUUAGAGUUACAACAUAUUUCCUUUUCCUCUUAGUUUUUGCUUGGAUGUCUUUUAAUUACCUAAAAUGGAAAGGUUGUCCUAAAGUAGCACAGAAAUAAAAAAUAUACAUGUAAAUGAAUAAUAAAAAAAAAAGAACAGUUCCUUGGCAGUCACAUUUGGAAGAGCAUUACAGUGCACAUA